AUGUGGGGUCAUUGGAGUGAUGUGACGAAGAAACUAAAAGAUAUUGCGGUGGAGAUCACCACACCGCAGUAUGAACAGCCAGAGGGAUCCGAAGAUGAAGAAGAAGAAGAAAAACAUCAACAACAACAAAAGAAAGCGAAAACUCAAACAAGAGUUAAAGAAGAAGAAGGAGAACGAAAAGAAAGAGAAGAAAGAGGAGUACAGGAAGAAACACGUAGACAAUUAUUGCCAGUACUUCAACAGGCAAAUGAUGAGAUGAAUGCAACCCAUACACCUUUACCAAGGGAUCCCACACAAAACUAUCAAACUAGUACCAGCAGUCAGAAGAGUGUGAGUAAUAGUAAUAGCAAUACUAAGAGUAACUCGGAGUAUAAUAAUAAUAAUAAUAAUAAUAAUAAUAAUAAUAAUAAUAAUAAUAAUAAUAAUAAUAAUAGAAUCUCUGGUUUAGCGUUGGAUGAACCUGCGGCGGUCACACCACCUGUACGCCGUUCAGUACCCUCUGAAGUUGUGCUCACACCACCAACACGAAAUCCAACAACUAGAGUUUCUCUUGACAACACGGGAGAGAGAUCUUUCUCUGCACGUGAAUCUCAACUAAAAUCAUUAGAUCGGUCAUCUGAAAAGGAAGAAGAAAGAGAAACCUCACCAGCCCCAAUAGUAAUAGAUGCGAAGAAUAAUGGUAGUUUAGCUGUAUGUAAUCACGAGGGACUCAUAGCAGAACUACGUGAACAGGUACAUCUAUUGACUGAGCAGAAACAACAAAUGGAUCAUCAAAUCUAUAAUUAUCAAAGAGAAGUCAGAGAGGCACAAGAGAAGACAGUGGCCUAUUAUGAAGAUCGUCUGUUAAUACUUCAAGAAGAAUUGGAAUCUGAAAAGAAGGAAAAAGAAAAAGUACGAGAAGAACUUCAACACCGUGAUUCCGAAUGUUUAAAACUUCGAAAAGAAGUUCAAACAUUACAGCAACGAAUAGAGGAAUUAGUGAACGAGUCUGCUAGUAUAAGAGUAGCACAUGAUAAAGCCGAAGAAACACUUUUAUUACGUGAAGAAGAAUAUAUGAAAGUGAUUCAACAAGUGGAAUCUCUACAAGAUGCACAUGAUGCCCUUGUAGAGGAAUUAGAACGAGUAAAGAGAAACUUAACAACAACAACAACAACAACAGCUACUACUAAUACUAAUACUACUAUUAAUAAUUCUCCUUCUACUGUUGCUGCUGCUACUACUGUACCGAUUGCUCGCUCAGAUGCUCUUAUGUCUACACAAUCCACACAUAUUGAGGAGGAACUUCGUAAACAUGCUGAGAGAUUAGAACAGGAAAAACUUGCCAUUCAAUGUGAAAGAGAUCAGUUAUUGCGAUUAUUUGAAAAGGAGCAACUCACUCACCGUACGACUUCAGAGGAAAGAGAUGCGUUACUGCAGCGUAGUGAACAACAGGCACGGCGAUUAAAUGAAUUGAUUCAACAACUUGAGAAUGAACAGCAGGAUGCGAAACAGAGAAGAGAAGAAGAGGAACAUCAUAGAGAAGAGGAGAAAAUAGCUAUAGAGUCAAAGCAAAAACGACAAGAACAAGAAGAAACAGAAAAAGAAUAUUUAAAAGAAACCAUAUCAUUACUGCAAACGGAAGUAACCACAUUGAAAUCCAAGUUAGAGGCGGCUAAACGUGAAGUGAUAGAAACCGCACAACAAGUGGAAUCUAAACUAACAGCCGAACACACACAUGCCAUUCAACGUGAAUUAACUGAAACCCAAGAACGGGCCGUAAAGGCUGAAAAAGAGCGGGCAGCAUUAAAAGAGGAAUUACAUCAAUUACAAACCCGCUUGUCGGAGUCCGACUCCCACACGGCGGUGUUGUCCAGUCAAUUAGCCGCAGCCCAAACAAGUGUAGUGGAAUUGCAGUCAACUCUCGCCGCUACUCGAGCAGCGAAUGCAAAUGCCGGACAAGAAGCCUCCAUGAUCGCCGCUCUCACAACCCGCAAACGAGAGUUGGAGGCGGAGAAUGCACGACUGCAGGAAUUAUUACAACAAUUAGAACAUACGAUCACAGAAUGUCUUGUGCGGGCAGAUGUGGAGAUGCCACCACCAUCAUCAUCUUCACAACGAGACGAUGUUGGAGCGUCCUUUUCUGAUAAAGUUAUUCUUCUUGCAAGUGAGUUUAAUAGACUUGUGGAUGUUAGUCGACGUGCAGGCCAUGUACAGAAGGAAUGGGAGCGUACAUAUGAACAGGCUCGUAGUGUGAAUGCCACUCUCACACAACAGGUGAAUGAGGCAUGGAAAACAAUAGGUUCACUACGGGAAGAUCUUUCUGUGCGAGAUCAAUCCUUAGCGAAACUGAAACAACAAUUACAGGCAGAAAAACAACAGUACCGUGAUAUUCAACAUGCUCUUUCAGGUGUUACGAAUGAACUUCAGACACUUAAGGAAGAAAAGAAAUUAUGGGAGGCACAGAUGUCUGUUAUUGGUGUUCCUGCUGGUAGUGGUGGUAGUAAUAGUAAUAAUAAUAAUAAUAGUGUUAGUAGUGGUGGUGGUAAUAAUACUAGUGGUAAUAAAAGGAAUUCCUUAAGUAUGGUAAAUCAACAACAAGAACAGAUAGCGGCAUUAAAUGCAGAUAUUGACACAUUGAAAAGGGCAUUAAAUGAACGUGAUGAAGAAUUAGCUCAAACUCAAAUGAGUUUAGAUAAUUUACAACAAGUACUUGAUACUUUCACACAGAAUAAAAGUCGUGAUCUAGAGGAACGCACUGUUGAUAUGCAAAUAGAAAUUGACAAACUAAAUGCGAAACUUGAAGAAGCAGAACAACAACAACGAAAUCAUCAAAAUGAUAUUGAAGCACUUGUAGCCACUCAUAGACGAGAGAUUGCAGCAAAAAAUUUGGAAAUUACAUCUAUGCAUCGUAAACUUGCUGAUCUCCGUCGAGCAUUAGAUGAAACAGCACGACAACUCAAUGGAGAUAUGAUGAUUGAUAAACGUGUGAUUAGUCAUCUCACUGUAAAUUACAUUCACGCCUUUGUCGGCCAACGACCUGAGGCGGAUGAAAUGCUUAAAGUUCUCAGUGGUUUACUCAAUUGGGAUGAGGAAAUGCAAGAGAAGGCGGGUUUACUCCCGGGUCCUAGUAAUCCAAGACCAGGUCAACAGAGAAAACGCAGAGGCCUCAUUGGUGGAUUUGUAAAUACCGUAUUGGGAGGCCCAGGAAGACCACGAGAAACAACAUCAACAACUGUGGGAAGUAAUGAUGGGAAUAAUAAAGGGAGAAGUGGGGCCGCGCCGAGUAUUUCUGAGUUGUGGGUGGAGUUUCUCAUUCGUGAGAGUGAGGCGGGAAUACGAGAUGCGGCGGAAGAGCAAACACAACCACCAACCAUUACUGAUAUUAUUACUAAUACUACUACUACUACUAUGGGGCUUGUUUCUGAUAAUAAGGAAGAAAAGAAAGAAGGGGAGGUUGUUGCGGGUCCUUUGACGACGGCGGUAGAAAUUGGUGGAAAAACCAUCACAGAUGGAGAAAACCAAAAUAGUGAGAAGGAAUCGAUAAAAUGA